CAGCCAGAGCUUUAUUUAGGGUAAAGGUCAGCUGGGCGCUUCUUUCUUAUGUCCACCGUGGACAGAUCAGGAGCCAGAAUUAGAAAGGGCAUCGAUUUCGAGGUUCCAACUGUCCAAAAGAUUAUUACUGAACCAACAUCAUGGCGCUUAUCAGAGGUGUUUUUAUUGUAGCAGCCAAGCGUACUCCAUUUGGUACGUAUGGUGGAGUCCUGAAGGAUCAUAGCGCCACAGACCUGGCUGAGCAUGCAGCCAAAGCUGCCCUUGUUGCCGGCUCUGUGGCACCAGAGCUUAUAAAUAGCAUCAUUAUGGGAAAUGUCAUGCAGAGUUCAGCUGAUGCUCCAUAUAUUGCUCGUCAUGUUGGUCUGAGGUGUGGCGUUCCCAUUCCAGUUCCUGCCCUUACUGUGAACAGGUUGUGUGGAUCUGGUUUCCAGUCCAUCAUAAACGGCGCUCAUGAGAUUUGUCUGAAAGAGGCAGAGGUGGUUCUGUGUGGAGGCUCAGAGAGUAUGAGCCAGGCUCCUUACGCUGUCCGUAACAUCCGCUUUGGAACAAAGUUUGGACUCGACCUUAAGCUGGAGGACACUUUGUGGGCGGGUCUCACCGACCUUCAUAUCAAGACCCCGAUGGGGAUCACUGCAGAAAACCUAGCAGAGAAAUAUCAGAUAACACGAGAGGACUGCGACAAUUAUGCAUACCAGACCCAACAGAGAUGGAAGGCAGCUCAUGAAGGGGGUCACUUCACAGCUGAAAUUGCUCCAGUUGAGGUGAAAGCAAAGAAAGGCAAAGCAUCAAUGUCUCAUGAUGAACACCCUCGACCUCAGACCACACUGGAACAAAUGGCCAAGCUGCCCACUGUCUUCAAGAAGGGAGGAACCGUCACCGCUGCCAACGCUUCGGGUGUCUCUGAUGGUGCUGCUGCCCUGGUGAUCAGCAGUGAAGAAGCCCUGAAGGAACAUAAGCUCACCCCACUGGCCAGAAUUGUUUCCUAUCACGUGUCAGGCUGUGACCCGAGCAUAAUGGGAAUCGGCCCUGUUCCAGCCAUUACAGAAGCUCUUAAAAAGGCUGGCCUUUCUCUUAAAGACAUGGAUCUGGUUGAGGUGAAUGAAGCUUUUGCUCCUCAGUAUUUGUCUGUGGCCAAGGCUCUUGGACUGGAUCCAGAAAAAUCAAACGUCAACGGCGGAGCUAUUGCCAUCGGACAUCCUCUCGGUGCCUCUGGAGCGCGCAUCACCACUCACCUGGUGCACGAACUCAGGCGAAGAGGAGGAAAGUAUGCUGUGGGCUCUGCUUGUAUCGGUGGAGGUCAGGGCAUUGCCAUCAUCCUGGAAAAGUGCUAAAGGAGGAAGAGGAGGAAUUCCUGUGAAAUCGAAUCCAAACACAAAGACUGUUCACCAUCAUGAUAUAAAAUACAUACUCAGAGAAAAUGUUCUCAGAUGUUUAAUAAUAAAUAGCCUCCUAGUUCAGGACAAAUAUGCAUAACUAAUGCAACAUUUAUCUGAUUCUCCACAAGUUGAUUUCUGCAACAUUUUUAAGCCUAAUGCCUUUUAAGCGAGAAUUAAAUAAAUAAAUGACUGUGACUACACAUCUGUGCUCAAUGCACAGAGGUUUGGGAGCCUUUAUGUGCCUAAAGUAUAUGUUUAGCUUGUUAACAUGUAGUUUGGUAAUACAAUAAAGGAUUUGCCUUCAAUUGCUCUUCA